UUCCCCACUCAAACCCUCCUUCCAUUUAUACUAUUUAUACUAUACUUCCCUUCCCUUACCUUCGUCGCAACGUAUUCUAGAGAGAGAGGAAGAGAGAGAUGAAGCUGCUGUGGUGUCCGGAGAUGGCGUCCAAGGCCUACAUCGACGGCGUCAGGGUGCUCGCCGACCGCGACGACCUAGCCGGAUCGGCGGAGGUCGCCGAGCUCGUCUCCGCCAUGGCCGGUGGCUGGAACGCGCAGCUCGUUGUCGAGGCGCCGGACGUGUCGGUUUCUUCGUCGUCCCGGCCGGCCUCUACGAGUCUCACCCUUACCGCCGCCGUGCGGCGCACGGGCGGUCGCUACGUCAGCCUGCUCCCGGACAGCGACGACUCCACCUCCACGGCGGCCUCUUCCUCGUCCACGGUCGUGGUCGGGGACGCGGACGAAGCGAUGGCGCGGCUGGACGGCGUUGACCUCCUGGUGCUCGACGCGCGGCGGCGGGACGCGGCGGCCGUGCUGCGGGCGGCCAGGCCCGGGGUGAGGGGCAUGGUGGUGGUGCUCCACGGCGACGGGAGGCGGCGCGGCGCGACGGCGCUGGCAGCGGCGUCCAUGGCGGCGGGUACGAGGCUCGUGCGGUCCGUCUACCUGCCGAUCGGCAAGGGCGUUGAGGUCCUGCACGUCGGCGUUGGGAAGGGGCCCAGCCUGCAGAGCCGGGGCGCUGGGCGGCCGGCCGGCCGGUGGAUCCGGCACAUCAACCACGACACCGGCGAGGAGCACGUCUUUCGGCGGCAGUAGUUAGCCUCCGCCCCUCGAUCUGUUGCACCGUCCAGGAGCAUCAAAGGCAACAGAAGAGGCGUUUCUUGUUAGAUUCGUUAAAUCUGCCCGUGAUUGUGGGUUGCAUAAGAUGGGUGGAAAGUGUAACGAGUCAUCAUGGUGUAAAUAGCAGAACCUAAUUAGCUCUUUAAUUUGUGAACGCUUUAUACCCUAUAUACGCUACGCUGCAAUCUCUUUGCUGCCA